AUGACUUCACAGUCGUCUCAGAGCGUUCCGAUGGUGACUGUACCAGCACCAAUACCCGCUCAGAACGGACACGCCGUUCAAUCGUCUUCUGUGCCCCCAUUUUUCGCCCCUCUCGAGCCUCUUGAUUUAGACAAGGCUCUCAGACCGAUUGGAAUUCAUAACGAACAGAAUACAUGCUUCCUGAACUCGGUCUUCCAAUCGCUUAUGGCGACGCAACCGUUGAUAUCUGUACUGAAUUCAGAUCCAGAAAAUGGUCUCGUUAGAGCACCCCUAAACGCCCUUCGUCGCCCACUCGUCUCUAGCGAGUUGAUCCCUUCACUCCUCCCCGAGGCUCUGGAGCCUCCACUUUACAAUCUUCUUCCCGUCGCUCGUGCUUUCCUUGUUGCCCUACAAAAAGGAUGGCGGAUGAAAGACCUAAAGGGCGGAACGAUAGGAUAUGAAGAAUUCAACUCGGACAGGAGCAUGAGACUGAACUAUCUUUUACGGGAGAUGGCGAGAAAGUAUGACCAAUACGACGAUUACACACAACAGGACGCGCAUGAGUUGAUGAGACACUUGUUGGACAGUAUGGAGAUGGAAGAAAAGGAUGUCAUCAAGAUUGCUCAACCUGUCCCUCCUUCCCAAUCCAGCACCCAGCGCCGCGGAAGAGAUGGUAUAUCUCCAUUGCCGUCACCUCUGCCUUCAAGAUCAUCGUCACCUGUCAGAGGUCCCCAGAUCACCGUGACGGAUGAUCCUUCGGAAGCACCGCUGGCCUCGACCUCUACUUCCUCCUUGCGGCCGGAGACCAUCCCUGAAAGCCAACGCUUGAUUCCCUUUGUCGAUGUCCUGUUUGGAGGCUCGUUGGCUAGUGUUAUCGUCUGUGAGAAAUGCCGAGCGGUCUCCCAUACUUAUGAGCCUUUCCUGGAUAUAUCGCUGAGUCUCAAACGUGCGUCAGCCGAGAGGACAAGAAAGCGAGACCGAUUCAAGGCAGCUCUAGGACUCAAGUCUAGAGGUACAUACGCUAAGACUGCCACCGACAUGUCAGCUAUCGCUUCGGAAUCCGAGCUGUCGGAUGGGGAGCGGGAGCAAGAGGAGGCUGAGAGAGAUCGACGGAAGAGCAUGGACGAUCGACCAAAACAGCUCGGAAGUGAAAGCAGCGGCAGUCGCGGUAACUCACUCAAAUUCGGACUCAAGACGAAACCAAGCUUCUCAUGGCGUAGGAAAGGUUCUCGAUCAAGCGAGCCUCGGACCAGUGUCACUACAUCACCGGUUUUGGAGACCACCAAGGUCGUUAGCCCGCCGCCACAGCCCAUUGCUGCAAAGAGCGCUCCGUCCUCACCCCGUCUCAGCACGAGCUCGGACCGGGCACACGGACCGAGCCUGACGAAAGCCCAGAUGGCUUAUUUGCGACGGUUGCUCGCUGAUCCCUUGGCGACACAGGAUCAUGAUCCGCUUGCAAAGCUCAAAGCUGCCAAUAGUGGCGAGGAAUUGCCGGCUCCUCCGACCCCGCCUCGAACGGCCAUAGAGCAGAGUCUGGCCGCUUUCACCUCGGUCGAGGUUCUGGAGGGAGAAAACGGGUACGCCUGCAAGAGAUGCUGGAAGAUCAAAGCAGGCAAAUACAAGUCCAAGCAUGGGCCUACUGCCGGAGGCGAGGACUCAGCUACCACAUCGCCAGCUCUGGUUGCAUCCCGAAUCUCCUCGCCGCCAGUGUCUAUCGCCGCGGAUACCAGCGCCGGAUCUCUCGAGCACCUCUCAGCCCCUCAAUCUCAGUCAGGACAUGGAGUGAGCAGGGCUUUGUCCUCCGCGUCACGCUCUUCGGCUGGUCGCAGCGGUCGAACGCCAUCACCCUUGCGCGAGCAUACCGAAGCUUCGACGUACGGGUCCAUCGAGCUCGCCUCUGUCAAAUCAAACGAUUACUCGAUCGUGGAGUCAUCUAUUUCUGUCGAGACACAGACAUCAGGCGAACCAGAUCUGGAAUCUGAUGGUUUAUCCAAUACAUCCUCCUCAUCCGAAGACGACUACUCCCACCUUGACACCACUGUACCAACUGCGAGACCGAGCAUGCCCGCGAGGAAAAAGUCUUCGCAUUUCAUCAUGCGACGGGCGUUUAAGCGAUACCUCAUCGCUAAGGCACCCGAAGUAUUGAUCCUACACGUCAAGCGGUUCAAGCAGUCGCAAAAGGCAAUCAUGGCGUUUACAAACUUUUACGAUUUGAAAAAGAUUGAUGACUACGCGUCCUUCCCCGAACUGCUAGACCUCUCGCCAUAUAUGGCUCCAAACCGGAAUGACUACAAGAUGGUCCAGACGCCGUACGGACCGAGAGCGCCUUUCAUGGACUGGCCAUCGCCCGAUCACGGUCCACAUGCCGAGCCCGUCAUGUACAAACUCUACGCUGUGGUCGUACACAUGGGUACCAUCAAUGAGGGUCACUACAUUGCAUACGUCCUCGUCGAUCCACUGCCCAUGUUUGGCAAGACAGCAGAGGAACUCAACGUCGCUGGAGUCACGAACGGAAUGAAUUCAGUAUCACUGAACGGAGAUCGCCCAGUAAAUGGGCACAGUAGGUCACCACCUCCCCUGCGAGUGGAUAGGCGGGUCUGGUGUUAUUGCUCCGACACAUCGGUACGACUGGCAUCAGUGGAUGAAGUCCUUCAAGCCAGUGCUUACCUUUGCUUUUAUGAGAAAGUCGCGUAG